AUGGGCUCAACGCCAGAGACAAAGACAAAUCCGGUGCAAGUCACCGACGACGAAGCUAACCUCUUCGCCAUGCAGCUAGCCAGCUGCUCCGUUCUUCCAAUGGUUUUACAAGCAGCUUUAGAGCUCGACCUUCUCGAGAUCAUGGCCAAAAACGUUUCUCCUAUGUCUCCGGCUGAGAUCACUUCCCAUCUCCCGACCAAAAACCCGGAAGCUCCACUCUUACUCGACCGUGUCCUUCGGCUUCUUGCGUCUUACUCCAUCCUAACCUGCUCCGUCUGUACUAUUCCAGGCGGCCAUGGGGUGGAGCGGCUUUACGGGCUUGGUCCGGUUUGCAAGUACUUGACCAAGAACGAAGACAGCGUCUCCGUUGCUCCUCUUUGUCUCAUGAACCAAGACAAGGUCUUCAUGGAAAGCUGGUACCAUUUGAAGGAUGCAAUUCUUGGUGGGGAAACACCAUUCAACAAGGUUUAUGGCAUGAGCGUGUUAGAGUACCAAAGGACGGACACUAGAUUCAACAAAGUCUUGAAAGAUGGAAUGUCAAACCAUUCCACACUAUCUAUGAAGAAGAUUCUAGAGACCUAUAAAGGUUUUGAUGGCUUGACCUCUCUGGUUGAUGUUGGUGGUGGGACUGGUGCUACUCUCAAAAUGAUUAUCUCCAAAUACCCCAAUCUUAAAGGCAUCAACUUUGAUCUUCCCCAUGUAACCAAAGACGCUCCUCGUUCUCCUGGGAUUGAGCAUGUUGGAGGAGAUAUGUUUGUAAGUGUCCCCAAAGGUGAUGCCAUGUUCAUGAAGUGGAUAUGUCACGCCAAGAGCGACGAACAAUGUCUUAAAUUCUUGAAGAACUGUUACGACGCGCUUCCAGAGAAUGGGAAAGUGAUAGUAGCUGAGUGUGUACUUCCAGAGACUCUAGACUCAAGCCUUAUGACCAAACAAGCACUCCAUGUAGACUGCAUAAUGUUGGCACACAGUCGCGAAGGCAUAGAACGGACUGAGAAAGAGUUCGAGGUACUUGCUAAAGGGUCCGGUUUUCAUGGCAUUAAAGUUGUCUGCAAUGCUUUUGGUAUUCAUAUCAUUGAAUUUCUCAAGAAAAUCUGAAGAAACAAAGUCACUUAAACAUAUUGUUCUCAUGCCUUCGUUGAUGAUCAACUUCCCCACUUUUGUCUAUCUUGUGUUGUUGCUUCCGUUAUAAAAUAAUGCUAAUAUGCCAUUGCUGUUUAAUAGAGGUUUACUUAAGGAUUAUAAUUGAUACACGGUUUGUUUCUUUAUUAGAA